AUGCCUCAAGAUACCGGCGGCGCUGCCGUCCGCGCAGGCGGUAACGCCGCGCAAGGUGGCCAGCAGCGACAGGAACAAUCAUCUGGUCCAAGCGGAAUGAUGCGAUUACUCCUCGGCGGAGGCGUCUAUUUGCUCAUCAAUCUCGCCAUGGGCUGGUAUUUCGCCAAAGAACAGAAUGGGAUCCAGGUUACCGAUCCGGCUGGGAACAUCAUCACCGUCCCGGCUAACACGGAAGACAUCCCGCCGUAUCUCCUCCGACCCAAGACGCUAGACUCCGGCGCCACUUUCCGCAAUGUCCCCAACAAAGUCGCGCCGAUCUGGCCCAUGGACAGCUACCUCGACAUCAUCGUCACCCUAGCUCCGUCGUUCAACCCGGACCCCAUCUCCGAAACGCCGGCGGAUAUGAUUGUCCUCGACGAGAAGCGCUUCCAACUUAGCAACUAUAGUGACAAGCGAUCCUACGACGGAAACUUCGCCGUUCCCGACCGUAUCCAGCACAACGGAACACUUUGGGGUCAUUUCUACAUCGGGUUGUCCGGAAGCGAGCUUGAUUUCCUCCAGCCAGGCUUCAAUCCCGCGUCUGCUUAUCACUUCACUUACCCGUUGACUCAUUACCUUCCUAAGAAAAAGAUUGCAAAGACUAGAAACCUCUUGGAUGAUUUGCCUCCCCCAGUUGUCGAAGAGGAAGAGGAAGAUACUGCCGGUCCCGUUAUCGCCAACUAUUACCACCCCAAUAUCACCCUCUCCUUGAUCCCCAAUUCUGGUGUCAUGGAUUAUGCCAAUCAGCAUCCCGCAGUCCGACACUAUAUGCACCUCGAGCCUACUGGUGCGCGAGACGGUACUGGUCAGAACUCGUGGUACUACCCAAUUCUCUUCGUCAACACUUUCUGGCAGCUCAAGAGCCACAUGACCCUUCUCAAUGACACCGUCACCACUCUCCCAAUCCACGUAGACCUCGGCAACCUCCGAAGCUGGCAAUUCAAGAUCAUGGCCUCCCUCGAGCUCACCUCCAAGGAAGCCGCGCGCCAGUCCGCCUUCGGUAACUCGGUGGCGGGAGGAAGCGACGGUUCCGAGAUCGAGAUGAUCAAGGAAAUCUUCAUCGACACCAACCCUAUCCUUCUCGCCAUCACGGGCGUCGUAUCCGUCGCCCACAUUAUCCUCGAGACCCUCGCCUUCGGAUCCGACAUCGCCCACUACCGCAAGAAGAAGGACAACGUCGGCAUCUCCGUCCGCUCCAUCCUCGCCAACGUCUUCAUGCAGACGGUUAUCCUCCUUUACCUCAUCGACAACCAACAAAACACAAGCUGGAUGAUCCUCGGCUCCCAGGCGGUCGGUAUCCUCAUCGAGUUUUGGAAGAUCACCACCAUCGUCAACGUCAAGUUCGGACCCCUUCCGCCGGGUUCUUGGCUCCCCUACGGCAUCAUCCUGGAGGACAAGCAGAAGCUCUCCGAGACCGAGGAGAAGACGAAGGAAUACGACGAGAUCGCCUUCAAGUACAUGUACAUCGCCGGCGUGCCCCUUCUCAUCGCCUACGCCAUCUACUCGCUCAUCUACGACUCCCACAAGUCGUGGUACUCGUACAUCAUCACCACCCUCGUCGGCUCCGUCUACGCCUACGGCUUCCUCCUCAUGGUCCCCUCCCUGUACAUCAACUACCGCCUCAAGAGCGUCGCUCACAUGCCCGCAAAGGCCAUGAUGUACAAGUUCCUCAACACCUUCAUCGACGACCUCUUCGCUUUCACCAUUAAGAUGCCCUUGCUCCACCGCCUCGCGACUUUCCGAGAUGACAUUAUUUUCUUCAUCUAUCUUUAUCAGCGAUGGGCGUACCGUGUUGACUACACUCGUGUCAACGAGUUUGGUCAGGAUGGUGAGGAUGUCGUGGAGGAGCUGAAGAAGAAGGAGAAGGAGGAGAAGGAGAAGGUCGAGGCUAUACCCAAGACCACGUCUGGUGAGGAGGCGGCUGAGGGUGCUACCGCGACGGGUGCGGAGAAGAGGCAGGUCAAGAAGAGGAAGUAA